AAUGUUAGUCCCUAAGUCCCCUCGAAGCAUGAUCUAGUUUCUUGCAUGCUCUUUCUAACCCAUUAUCCAUUGAACUAGCUAACAGUAAUGGAGUCUAAAAAUAUUCCAUUUCUAGCUUUCGUCCUCCUGAUCUUUCUAUUCGUUGUAUCCAGUACCGCUGCACCCGCCGGGAAAAUCAAGGCUCGACUGCCUUGUAAAAGGUUGGUUUUCUAUUUCCAUGACAUUCUUUUCAAUGGCAGAAACUCGAAGAAUGCAACUUCGGCCAUUGUAGGUGCACCAGCUUGGGCCAACACAACAAUAAUGGCAGGACAGAACCAUUUUGGUGACUUGGUUGUGUUCGACGACCCCAUUACGUUGGACAACAAUCUGCACUCAACCCCAGUUGGUCGUGCCCAAGGGUUUUAUCUUUACGACCGAAAGGAUAUUUUCACAUCAUGGUUAGGGUUCUCAUUUGUUUUCAACUCUACACAGCAUAAGGGGAGCAUAAACUUCGCCGGAGCAGAUCCGAUAAUGGACAAGACCAGGGAUAUUUCAGUGGUUGGUGGCACUGGUGAUUUUUUCAUGUCUAGAGGGAUAGCCACUUUGAUGACUGAUGCCUUUGAGGGAGAAGUUUAUUUCCGGCUUCGUGUUGAUAUUAAGUUGUACGAGUGUUGGUGACAACAUGAUCGAUUUGAUUGCGAGCCAUGCAUCGAUCUGCAUGCAUGCAUUAAUCAUUCUGUAGUAGUUCCAUUUCAUCAUCCGAUCGUCAGUUUCAUCCGAAAUAAUUAUAUCCAAUUUGGGUUAGCUCCAUGAUUUCCUAAACUUUUUGUAUCAUGAUGAAAUAGUUAUCAAUUUUCAUCAAUACUGAAUAACAGAUUUUCUCAAUUAUUUACCUGAA